AUGUCUCAAGAUGGGUCUGCUCGUGAACAUGGCCAUGAAGACGACGGCGUCAUUGUAACGUCGCCCAAACUUCAGAGUGGAAAUGCCGAUCGCGGUGAAAAGGGUCCAACGACAACAGCUGAUGUCAGUCCACAAGAAACCUAUCCUGAAAAACAUGCGUCGAGCAAUGAGCCAGGCACUGAACCCGAGGGAGGUGAUCUGUAUCACCAACCUUCAACAGUAGCCCCGUCUCAUCGGUCCGUCCAAAGAGACCCUUUGAGUCGAAUGACCACCGACGCCGAAGGCAACACGUACCCAGAAGGAGGUCUGCAAGCAUGGUCGGUGGUGAUUGGCAGCUUUUGUGGUCUCUUUGGCUCACUGGGCCUGGUCAACACCAUCGGCACUUUCCAAGCAUACAUCCAGACUCACCAGCUGCAAGAGUACAGCUCAGGCAGCAUCGGAUGGAUCUUUGGUGUCUACGCGUUUCUGGUCUUUGCAUGUGGAGUUCAGGUUGGACCAAUUUUCGACGCUCAGGGUCCGCGGAUGCUCGUCUUCAUCGGGUCCGUCCUUGAGAUGGCCAUGAUCAUUCUGCUGGGAUUCUGCACCGCCUAUUGGCAUUUUAUGCUGGUCAUUGGUGUUCUGGGCGGAGUCGGUGCCUCCCUCAUCUUCACUCCCGCCAUCUCCGCGAUAGGCCACUACUUUUAUGUGCGACGAGGCAUGGCCACGGGUAUCGCCGCAACGGGUGGGUCAGUGGGAGGGAUCGUCUUCCCGCUCGUGUUACAAGCUCUGUUCCCCAAGAUCGGAUGGGGGUGGGCCACCCGAGUAGUGGCCUUGAUGUGUUUGAUCGCCUUUGGACUUGCAAAUCUCCUGAUCCGGUCACGCUUACCCAAGAAGCCCUUUUCCAAGGAGAACAUUAUGCCUGACUUCCUCAUCUUCCGCGAUGUGCGAUUCGCCCUGACCACCGCCAGUGUGUUCUUCAUCGAAUGGGGCCUCUUCGUUCCCAUCAGCUACAUCACCUCGUACGCCUUGGAUCACGGCUUCUCCUCCGAGUUCUCGUAUCAGAUUCUGGCCAUUCUCAACGUCGGCUCCUUUUUCGGUCGUUGGCUGCCGGGAUUCUUUGCCGAUUUCCUGGGUCGUUUCAACACCUUGAUUGCCACAGUGGCGCUGUGUCUCCUGACCAACGCGUGUCUCUGGCUUCCCGCGGGGGACAGCCUCGCACUGAUCGUCAUCUAUGCGCUCUUGUUUGGCUUCUCCAGCGGAAGCAACAUCAGCUUGACACCCGUCUGUGUUGGGCAAUUGUGCAAAACCGAGAAUUACGGACGGUACUACGCCACCGCAUACACUAUUGUGAGUUUCGGUACCUUGACCGGCAUCCCGAUUGCUGGUGAGAUCCAGGCUCGCACUAAUGGGGCGUAUUGGGGCUUGAUUGCUUUCACGACCGUCUGUUACGCCAUGGGACUGGUGUGUUGCACAGCUGUCAAAGUGCUGGAGGUUGGAUGGCGUCGUCCCUGGGCUAUCUAUUAG